AUGGCCAUUUCUACAAAGGAACACAGAAAUCAACCUGAUGUGAAUAUGUGGAAUUCGUCGAAAUUUUCUGACAAAACUUUGAAUUCUGCAUCACAAGAGAACAUGAUUUCUGAGUCAGAAAAAGACAUCCCAUUGUCAUUGAACUCAAAAACAUGUAUUUCUUCACCAGAAGUCAUUCCUUAUCCCCAACAAAUUGAAACAUCAUUCAACUAUGAUAAAAGUUCUUUGGAAUUUCAUGAUACAAUUCUGGAUUCUUUAGUACAAGAAAAGGAGACCUCUGAGCCAGGAAGACAGUUUCCUCAACCAAACAAUUCUAGCAAAGAUCCAGCUACUGAUAUUGACCAAAGGAAUACAACUUCUAUGAAUGUUGAAAAUUUAUCACAUGCAAUGACAAUCCCUAAUGUCUGUGAGUCAGAGAAUAAUACAAGCAAUCAUACAGACAUCUCAGCAACCCUUCUCAAGUCAGCCUCAUCUGAUGUAGCUUCAGGUACCCAAAAUGUGUUCAGUAAGUUUGAGCAGCAGCAACCCUGUACUACUGAAGAUUUAACAGUGGACAGUAAAGAAUCAUCAUGUCCAGCUAAUGCUAAAAAGUUACCCAAUUCAACUGUUCAGCUUUUAAAGGAGUCAUCAGCUUUUCUGAAAGAUGAUACCUUUUCCACAAGACAAGUCAGAAGACUUAGAAGAGUUGCAACAUCUCUAAGGGUGCAAGACUACGCAUUGCCAAAUUCUCUUGAAGAGUUUUAUGUGGAGAGUGAGUCAUGCAAUUAUGCUGAAAGAUCUGGAAUAUCUCUCUCAGAAAAGUCACAUGGAAAGGAAAUGCCACAUCCCUGCUCAACUCAUGAUGAUACAUAUGAGGAAAAAACUCGCCAUAAGGACAACUCAGAAAUUGUCAGAAUGGUAACAAGGAGUUCAAAUAGGGCAACUAAUAAGAAUAGGUCUAUUCAAGCUUCCAUAGCUGUUUCAAAACCCAGAAAACAUAACUAUCUGAAAAGCACUGAGAAAAGAAACUCAAGAAAAGAGGCUGAUAAGGACAACACUCAACUAAGUUUUCAAGAAGAACAAACAGCAGAAUGUGAAAAAGAAAAUAACCACCAAGAGAACAGUAAGAGGAAGCCCUCAGAUGUCAAAAAGGGAUUAUUCUUGGUUAAGUUUGAAGGCAGAAAGUACAGAUGCAGUGAAGGAAUAUUGACUCCAGUUAGAUGUAAAGAUUCUGUCAGCAGUGAGAAAGAAAAGGAUGAUUCAGAUUUAUCUUUAAACGAUGACUUUGAUCAAAAUGCCUCAAAAACUGGACACAAGAUCAGAAUGAGAAAUGGAGUUGUAAAAAAGAGAAAAAAAGAUGAAAGGGGGAACUCAUCUCAGGAGCGGUCAGGUGUUAAAAAGUCUAGAUCUCAAUCUCCCAAAGUGAUGAUCCAGAAUUGCUUGCAAGAAAUUGCGGUGUCAAUAACUAAGAAUUCUAAAAUGGUUACCACCAGGAAGUCAAAAAAAGUCUGUAUAGUUCAGAAAACUACAAGGGUGAAAAAGGAACUUUUCCCUGUGAACAGGAAGAAAAGUGGAAAGACAGUGAAAGACAUCUCACACUCAUCAGCUUUAAAGUUGCAAAAGAAAGGUACAAAAGCCAGUCCUGCUAAGAAAGGUGUCUCGGAAAAAAAGAAGCAUGGUAUUGUGAAACAGAACCAGUCUUCUACAAGAAGUGAUCAAAAGAAAACCACCAAAAAAGAGAAGACGAGCACUGGUGAGAAAGUUUUGAAAUCACAGAAAGGAGCAAGUCCUCUGGAGAAGGAAGAUAAAGUAGCAACUAAGACACAACCGAGAAAAUUACCUGUGAAACCAGUUAUUAGGAUUCACCAAGGUCUUAGAAACACAAGUUUGAAAACGUUUAAAGCUCAACAAAACAGCAAAAACAUAAAAGAGCUGACCAAGAAUAUACCUCAGAAACCCUUUCCUUGUGCAUUCUGCCAGAAAAGAUUCAAGAAAGCCUCACAAAUUGAGAAGCAUAUCAAAGAUGAUCACAAGUGUUCACGUUGUGACAAAGUACUGGACUCCAAGGAAGCAAAGCAGAGACAUUUCUAUGGUUUCCAUGCUACAGAGGUACAUAAAUGUGUUACUUGCCAGAAGGAAUAUAACUAUCCUUUCCACCUAAGGAAACACUUUGAAUCUCGUUCACACAAAGACCUCAUAAAAUGUCUCGUCAAAGAAAUGAAAAAGUUAUCCAGGGGAACAUCUUCCAUCAGAGGGAAAGCUUUGAAAGAUGGAAAUUCAAAACCAGCCAUUUGCCCAAGUGAGACUUCAAACCAUGACCUUACAGCGUAUGACAAAACUUCACAAUCUAGGUCAAGAAAAAAAGUGAAAUUCAUGGAGAUGGAAAACACUUUCUUUGAUGAAAAUGCAGAUUUAUUAGAGCUUAUUCACAAAAUAGACUACACUAGUGGAGAAAAUGGCAUUGUUAGGCACUUCCUAUACAAAGAUCCAGAACUUGCAGAAAUUCAAUCCUGCCUAAAGGAAGAGUCUAACUCGAGCACUUGCUACGAGGAGAUAGAAAUUGUCAAGGAGUACAGCAUCACAAGCCACUGUGAGAAUUUCCUGGAAGAUGCAGGUCAUCCCUUAGCCAUCAGUGAUAGCUCAAGGUCAUCAGAACGAAGGGACAGUGAGACAAGCAUAUCAAGUGAAUCAAGUGAAUUGUCUGAAAUGAACCAUGGAUGGAACGAUUCCUAUGUUUCAAAUAAUGUUACCAUGGAACCAGUAAUGUACGGUAAAGCCAGGCUAGAGAGUAAUUCAAAUUCUGCAAUGUCAGGGUGGUUUUCAGCAGCAUUUGAUGUUAUUGAGCAAAGAAAUUUGGAUGAUGAUCCUACAUAUUCUUCAUACUUGGGAUUGCUAAGCAAUGAAUCUGGAAUGCAAAUCUGCAGUGUUUCAAGUACAGUUGAUCCAUUAAUCAGAUCAACACAAGAAUAUACCAAAACGUACCAGGAAUUAUCUUGCAUUUCAAGUGCAAAAGACCUUGGUUUCAUGGAGAAAGGUCCAAUAGGCAUCUUCUCCAGUCACGAGAUGGAAAAUGGAAAUCAUCUCCAGAAUAACCAAUUUACAGCAGGGGACUUUUCUCAAAGCAAUUCCAAUUCUUACACUUGGAGCAAACAAGACAGAUCUUGUUUGCAGCCUACCAGAGCAAUAACACAAGAGCCAUUAAGCAACGGGAACAGUUUAUGUCCUUUGUCUGCAUCUGUGUAUGGAGGGCAUCAGACUAUGUCCUGGAUUCACCCUUGUCAGACGGCAAAUGAUACUCUUGAUGCUGCCCAAAGUCUGAUUAUGCUGUCAAACCCAGAACAGGGUAUCUCUCCAGAAGUGGAUAACCGAUCUACUGAUAAUGAAUCAACAAAUAAAGACGUUCAGAUGGAAUGGGAGUCAAUCUGUUCAGAAAUUCAAAGAGAUGUUCAGGAGUAUACAGAAUAGUGGAUGUUUUAAAGGUGCAGGAUGGUAGAAACAUU